AUGAACACAGUGAAGCAAUUCAUGAUAAGGAAUUGGAAUUUUGCAAAGUUGCCGGAUAUGUACUUCAAUGAUGAGGGUUACUUUAUCUUGCGCUUUCACUCCAUGGAUGACAAAGAUCUGGUUCUAAUGAAGGGUCCAUACACCAUACACAAUAUGCCUAUGUUAUUGACCGACUGGAAACCAAACUUUGAUCUGAAGAAGGAUAUGCUUCACACGAUUCCGAUUUGGGUGAAGCUUCCUCAUCUGCCUCUUCACCUGUGGGGUCAAAGGAGCUUGAGUAAGAUUGGAAGUGCUUUGGGUACUCCACUUGUUACAGAUGAGUGCACAACAAACAAGUUGAGAGUCUCGUACGCGCGUAUUCUAGUGGAGAUGGAUGUUACCAAGCCUCCAAUAACUGAAAUCAACAUCAGGGAUGCUGAAGGGAACAAGAGGAAGCAGGUUGUGGAGUAUGACUGGCGACCAAAAUUUUGCGAAAGAUGUCAACGGGAAGUGAAGACUACACAUUCUGAGGUAACUCAACCUCAUCCACCAGAAUUGCCUCAACCUACUGUUAAUGAAGAAGAGACUUGGAACACCAUCGAAAGACAAAGGAAGGGGAAAGCUAUCAUAAGUGAAGGGGUGACUCAAAUUAGCCAAGACAACUCAUUUGAUCCGCUAACUCUUGUGAAUGAGGGGCCUGAUAUUUUAGUUAUUGUUGAAACUAGAGUGAAGAGGAAUAAUGCUAGUGGUAUUCGUAAUAAACUGAGAGUUCAUGACUCUUAUUUGGACAAUUAUGACAACCACUAUAAUGGUCGGAUCUGGAUUAGUUGGAAUAAUAGGAAGUAUGACAUCAAGAUGGUGAGAGAGACUGAUCAAUUACUGCAUUGUGGUGUGUAUGAUAGUAGAGGGGAUUUCUUGUAUUGGCUUACGACAAUUUAUGCCUUGAAUCAACUUGACAAGAGGAAAGUGCUGUGGAGGGAUAUUGAUGGGAUUAGUGCUAAUCAGUCUGGGCCUUGGUGCUUGAUAGGAGACUUUAACAACGUGAUCAAAGCCCAAGACAAGGUUGGUGGCAGACUAGUCAGUGAUGUCGAAGUUAGAGAUUUGAAAGAAAUGAUGGACAACACAGGUUUGGCUGAGCUUGAUAGUGUGGGGGAGUACUACACUUGGUCGAAUAAACAUGUAUAUGGGAUCAUAUAUUCCAGAAUUGAUCAUGUCCUGGGGAAUAUUGAUUGGCUCACAGCUUAUCAGGAUUGGACUCUAACUAUUAAAGAACCUCAUGUCUCAGACCAUGCCCUUUUGUGCCUUAGUAGACAUGAUCAUGUGAGGAGAAGGAGCAUGUUGUUUAAAUUUAGGAAUAAUGUGACUCAACUGGAGGGAUUCCAUCAAAUUGUUCUUCAAAGCUGGCAACAACAACUCUCAGGUAACCCCAUGUAUAUUCUUUGGCAUAAACUAAAAAGAUUAGUCCCUGUUCUGAGAAAUUUUAGUAAGCCUUUGUAUGGCCAGAGAAGAAAACUGAUGGAAGCAAGGAGUAACCUCAUUGAGACCCAAAAAUCCCUAUCUGCUGAUAGGCAUAACCCUGUUCUUAUCCUGAAAGUGAAGGAGCAUACUGAUCUGGUGAUUAAGCUAGUUGAGAUGGAACAGGAGGACAUUGCUCAAAGAGCAAAAAUUGAUUGGAUUAAAGCUGGAGAUGGUAACAAUAGGUAUUUUUAUGCCUUGAUAAAGUAG